AUGGAUGCUACUUACAAAGAAGAAAAACCACUCAAUCCAAGAUCAAAGGCUAAUAUUUUUGAAAUUGUAACCUAUGGGUGGAUUUUAAAAUUUAUCAAAAAAGGAUUAAAACAAGAAUUUGACUUGGUUGACUUGUAUAAUGUUUUGGAUGAUGAUUCGUCAGCUUUAUUGGGAAGUAAAUUACAAAAAUAUUGGGAUGACGAAUUGAUAAACGCAAAAACUAAUAACCGGAAUCCUAGUUUUCUCAAGACGCUAUUUAAAAUGUUUGGCACAAAGUUUAUGUUUUAUGGAAUUACUUUGACGGUAAUCCAGAUUAUUUUAAGCAUAGGCAUUUCGACUACGGUAGGACUAAUAGUCAAUCAUUUUGAAACUAAUACGUCAUCUUUUGAUCAAAAUCCAGUUGGAGUAUAUUUAGCAAUCGGAUUAAUUACUCUUUUGUUGAUAAGAUCAAUUGCCUUUAAUUCCUACAGCAUGUCAAUUGCACAUAUAUCGAUGAAAAUGCGAGUAGCGACAUGUGAUCUGAUUUACAAUAAGGCAUUGCGACUCAAAAUAAAUUCACUGGAUCCGAGUACAACUGGACAUAUAAUAAACUUAAUAUCAAAUGAUGUUAACCGAUUUGAUGUGUCUAUAGUAUGUAUACCUUUUUUAUGGCUCGGCCCUUUGGAAACAUUUGUUUCUAUUUUUUUUUUGUGGCGAGAAGUAGGUGUGUCAUCAGUUAUAGGAGUGGGUGCGUUACUCAUAUUUAUACCAUUACAAGUCUGGUUGGCGUCAAAGACAUCUAUUAUUCGAUUAAAAACGGCGAACCUAACCGACAAGAGGGUUCAUUUAAUGAAUGAAAUAAUAUCGGGAUUACAAACAAUCAAGAUGUAUACUUGGGAACCAUUUUUUGAUAAUCUUACAAGACAAUUAAGAAAGAAAGAAAUGACCAAAAUUAUUGAAUCGUCGUAUAUAAAACGUAUUUUGUCUUCGUUCUUUAUAUUUAACACAAGGAUCGCAUUGUUUGUAAACAUUUUUUCAUACGUUCUGCUCGGAAACUACAUAACCGCAUCAAAAACUAUACCAUUUGCGGUCGUCAUUAACAUACUUUUCCCACCAGGGAUAAGUUUAGCUGCUGAAUUACUAGUUUCAAUCAAAAGAUUUGAGAAUUUCCUAUUACGCGAAGAGAAGGAUAAACGACCAAUAAGUCAAAAAAAUACUACUACUUUGUUGGAAAAAUCAAGUAAUGGUAUUGAAAUGCCAAAUAACAAUAGUAGCAAACAAAAUGAUACUGAACAAUUAAGUAAUUCUAGUAUAGUUGUAUCGAACGCAACCGCCAAGUGGUCAGACAAUCAAACCGAUAAUACAUUAGAAAAUAUCAAUUUAACUGUAAGACCAGGUCGUUUCGUUGCAAUAAUCGGUCCAGUUGGAGCUGGAAAAAGUUCGUUGAUACAAGCAAUUUUACAAGAGUUACCACUUUCUGAAGGAAACAUUUCAGUGCUUGGAGUAGUGUCUUACGCAUCACAAGAACCAUGGUUAUUUGCAGGUUCUGUAAAACAAAAUAUUUUAUUUGGUUCACCAAUGGAUAAGGAUCGUUAUAAAAAAGUUAUACAAGUUUGUGCAUUGAAAACUGAUUUAGAACAGUUGACAUACGGCGAUAAAACAAUAGUAGGGGAAAGAGGAGUUUCUCUUAGUGGUGGACAAAGAGCAAGAAUCAAUUUAGCAAGAGCAAUAUACAAACAAGCAGAUAUUUAUUUAUUGGAUGAUCCUCUAUCAGCAGUUGACACUCGUGUUGGAAAGCAUUUAUACGAAAAGUGCAUAAAAAAUUACCUCAAAGAAAAGACUUGCAUACUCGUAACCCAUCAGAUUCAAUACUUAACUAAUGUAGAUCAAAUUGUUUUGAUGGAAAAUGCAAAAGUGGUAGCAGAAGGUUCUUAUAAAGAACUUCAAACUUCUGGUUUAGACUACACUAAAUUACUCGAAUUGUCUACUGAAACCGCAGUUUUACCCGGUAAUGAUACUAAAAUGGAUAAAUCUAGCCAUAAUAAUAUAGCACGGUCCAUAUCGUAUAGUCGGCAAGAGUCUAUCUUAAGUGUUGGGUCAUCAAUCGAAGAAACCAAAUGUAGAGAAAUUAUAACUGAACCUGAGGAAGUAGCUGAAACCCGUUCUUCGGGAAAUAUAUCAUUUAAUGUUUAUAUGUCAUAUAUUUUCGCUGGUGGUCAUUUGUGCAAAGUUAUAAGUUUAAUAUUGAUGUGUACCUGUACGCAAUUCCUUGCAUCGGGUGGAGAUUAUUGGAUAACUUAUUGGGUAAAUUUAGAAGAACAUGUGUUUGGUGCAACAAAACCUAUCAAUCAAAACAACUCUACGACAGUUGAUUCUUCUGUAGAGCUGACGCAGUGGAUUGUGUCAAGGAAUACUUGUGUCAUUGUCUUUGCAGCCCUAACAAUCUUAAUCGUAUUAGCUACCUUAGCGGAAUCAACUUUAUUAGUAUCUCUAUGCACUAUGGCAUCAACGAAUUUACAUAAUAAAAUGUUCAGUGCUAUUACAAGAUCAACAAUUAAUUUUUUAAAUAAAAAUCCAUCAGGGCGAAUUCUUAAUCGUUUUUCAAAAGAUAUAGGACUAAUUGAUGAAAUAUUGCCUAAUGUAUUAGUCGAUGUUAUACAGAUUGGUUUGAUGGUGGCUGGGAUGUUUGUGGUUGUGGGAAUCGUCAAUCCUUAUUUAAUCAUACCAACAAUAAUUGUAAUGAUAGUUUUUGUUAAAAUUAGAUACGUUUAUAUGACUACAACUCGUAACAUUAAACGUCUAGAAGGAGUUACUCGGAGCCCUAUAUAUACUCACGUGAAUGCAUCUAUCCUAGGACUGACUACAGUAAGAUCAUUUGAAGUAGAACAAAUUCUUUCUAAUGAGUUUGCAAUCCACCAGGAUCUACAUUCAUCAGCGUGGUAUUUAUUUAUUGCUUUGGGGAGAGCAUUUGGACUUUGGAUUGAUAUAAUUUGUCUAUUAUUUAUAAGUACUGUAACGUUUUACUUUGUAUUUGUUAAUAAUGAUACCUAUGGUGGAAAUGUCGGGUUAGCUAUUACACAAUCAAUUGGAUUAGCUAGUUUGUUCCAAUGGGUAAUUAGACAGUCUGCGGAAUUGGAAAACCAAAUGACGUCUGUCGAAAGAGUUUUAGAAUAUUCAAAUGUACCACAAGAACCAGCUCUUGAAUCGCAUCCCGACAAGAAGCCAUCAAAAGUAUGGCCACGGGAAGGUCGAAUUAUAUUCAACACAUUUUAUCUGCGUUAUGAGCCAGAUGCACCAUUUGUUUUGAACAAUUUGAAUUUUAACAUUGCACCUGCAGAAAAAGUUGGGAUUGUUGGAAGGACUGGAGCAGGAAAAUCAUCUUUGAUUGCAGCGUUAUUUAGAUUAGCUUAUAACGAGGGUAACAUAAUUAUCGAUGGUAUAGAAAUACACGAACUGGGAUUACACGACUUGAGGUCCAAAAUUUCCAUCAUACCUCAAGAACCAGUUUUGUUUACAGGAACAAUGAGAAACAAUUUAGAUCCAUUUGAUGAAUACCCAGAUCAUGUCCUUUGGAAAGCUUUAGAUGAAGUGGAACUGAAAAACAUAGUUGAAGAUUUGUCAAAUGGUCUAAACUCAAAAAUGUCAGAAGGUGGAUCUAAUUUCAGCGUUGGUCAAAGACAAUUAGUAUGUUUGGCUAGAGCAAUUAUACGAAAUAACAAAAUUCUAGUGUUAGACGAAGCCACUGCAAAUGUCGAUCCACAAACUGACUCUUUAAUUCAAAACACUAUAAGAAAAAAAUUUUCCGAGAGUACUGUAUUAACGAUUGCACAUCGCUUGAAUACAGUGAUGGAUUCUGACAAGAUACUUGUAAUUGACGCUGGGACAGUUGUGGAAUUUGAUCAUCCACAUAAUUUAUUGAAAAAUGAAGAUGGAUUUUUCUACAAAAUGGUAGCACAAACUGGACCAAACAAUGCUCAAUCUUUACACAACAUAGCUUAUGAGAGUUACAAUAACGUACACAAUAUGCCAAGUGAACAUCGAUUGACAAGUAUUAAUGAAGAUGAAAACUAA